UUGGUGAGCAGGGAAUUGAAGAGGGCCCAUCGCGACAGAGCAGCAUGGCUACAGAAAAAUGAUGAUCCGCUACAGAUAGAAGUUGCAGAGCAGCUGCUGGACAGGUUGGAGGACUGCAAGCGCACGUUCCCAGUGGUUGCUGUCCUGGGGGGCUGUGGCGGGCCAGUCUUGCAGCGCUUGGGGGGUGGCAGGGCAGGCAUUGAGCAAGUCAUCUACCUUGACUCUUCUAGGGAGAUGCUGAGCUGCGUGAAACAAAAGCAACAGGGUGGUGCAUCGAUUCCCCGGACCUUCUACAUUCAGGGAGAUGAGGAAAUGCUCCCACUACGUCGCCACAGUGAGCUGCGGAUUGCAUUUGCUCUGGCAGAACAGGAGGUGGAGGGUGGCUUGUCUGCUCGCAUAUCUCCCCUGGCCCAGCAGGUGAGGGAUGCUGGCAAUCUGCUGACCAGAGCUGGCUUCUCAAUACCCUCAGUGGAUACAGACGAGAUCACUGUGCAGUACAGCAGCACCGGCGACCUGUACCACCACCUGCGGAGCAUGGGGGAGAGCAAUGCAGUGCGGAUUAGAAGGCCUCUGGUGAGGCAGGCAACUGCUAAAAGGGCAGCAGAGAUCUAUGCAGAGAAGUUCGGCGAUGAGAACGGUUCAAUACCAGCAACUUACCAGGUGAUUUACAUGACAGGCUGGUCGCCGCAUGACCGCCAGCAGCAGGCAAUGCCACGAGGCUCCGCCACAAAGAGCUUUGAAGAUCUGCAGGCCAUGAUAGAGCAGCAAAAGAAGGGAGAGUGA